UCAAAGUUUUGCAUAGAGACUCCGUACUCACACAGUCUGAAGCAGAGAGCUGUGACCUGGAUGUUGGGUUGCUGGUGUUUGUCUGAACACCAGGCUAAAGUGCAAAGUAGGUCAGGAGAGGUUUCUUCCUGUGUGGCUUCUUUCUGCUGCUCAUGCAACACUACGAGACAUCAUCUGGGAGCCAUGAAUGUUUUGUGCCACACCAUCAAUUACAUGUUGUGUAUAUGUACGAGCUGGAGGAGAAGUCAUCACCAAAGUCAUUUGAAAUGAUACUGCAGGGACUUUGAAUCAAACUCAGUCAACCUCAUAGUGGACAUGAAACAAGCAACAAACACGUACAGACAUUACUCAAGACAAAAAGAAAACAUAAUAAAAACAUACUAAAAAUAGAAACACAAAAUUAAUUAAAUGGUUCAAUAUAAUUGUCAUAUAAGCCGCGCUCUAAAAAAGAUACAGAGUGGUGUUAAUUAAAGAUUAACAGAGAGCAGGAUAUGUGAUGUCGUGUGAUUUCACUGGACUUUGACAGUGAGUCACUUCAGUGUCUGAGACGAGGCGACUGAACCACCCGACAGUGACAUCUCUGCCCUCCACAUACUUCAAAACUCCAAGAUGCUUCACCUGAAAGGACUCGGUGCCAUCGGCGCUUUGGUUUUCCAUCACACCCUCGUCUUGGUUCUCCUAACACGUCGCUGCGAAGGUGAGUCUCGGGUGAUUGGUCCAUCUCAGCCAAUAGUGGCAGCUGUUGGUGAUGACGUCGUGUUGCCAUGCCACCUGGAACCUGCCGUGGACGCUUCAAGCAUGACAGUGGAGUGGACGAGACCUGACCUGAGUCCCAGAUUUGUGCAUGUGUGGCGUGACGGUGUGGAACUGGAGAAUAAAAAACACCCGUCCUACGUGGGGAGAACGUCAGUGUCCGUCAACAAACUGAAGCUCGGAGACGUUUCACUGAAACUGUCCAGAGUGAAACUGUCUGAUGAGGGAACGUACAGAUGCUUCGUUCCAACUCUGAACAGAGAGUCUACUGUAACGCUUGUUGUUGGUGCAGUCUCCUCACUUAUCAUCAGCUUGAUGAGGACUGAGAACGAUGGGGUGGUGUUGCAGUGUGAGUCUAAAGGCUGGUAUCCAGAGCCUGAGCUGUUGUGGCUGGACGGUGAGGGAAAGCUGCUCUCUGCUGGACGAACAAAGACAGUCAGAGGUCCUGAUGACCUCUAUACUGUCAGCAGCAGAGUGACUGUGGAGAAGAGACACAGCAACAGCUUCACCUGUAGAGUCCAACAGAAGAUCAUCAACCAGAGCAGAGAGACACAGAUUCAUGUUCCAGGUGAUUUCUUCAACACCUCGUCUGGAUCUGCUGUUCACAUCUCCAUCGGCUUGACGGUGGUCGUCAUGGUCAUUAUUGCACUAGUUUUUGUUGUGUGGAAAAGGAGACGGCAACAAAGAACAGGAAACAGAUGUACGACUUCAACAACCACAGGAACUUCAAGUAACUGCAAAGAAAGCCACGCUCUGUUUGAUGAAAAAAGAGAAACAGUUUUGGAAGAGAGAGAAGCAAACCUCAAUGCACAGUUAAAGGAACUUGAAGAUGAACACAAAGAUGUGGUGGGGGUGGUUAAUUUUUUAAUGGAGCACAAGAAGAAUCUGGAGAACCAGAUCCUGGAAUUUGAAUUUCAACUGGAUGAGGCUGAGAAACAGAGCGAUGAGAAGCAGAGUCAGCUGGUAACACCAGCAGAGGAAACUGUGGAUGAAAACAAGUGUCUUGACACCAAAACAAAUCCUGACACAGUGAAGAAAAUGCAGCAGGAAACAGACGCAUUGUUAAACUCAGUAAUCUGUGGGGUCACUAUAUUGACGGAGAAGAAGAAAGUGUUAGUCGACCUCGAGGAAAAAAUUGAUAAACAACUGGAGGAGAUAAAGGAGCAGAGACAGAAGACACUCGGAGGCAGUCAGUCAGAAGGAUCAAUACACACUCAAUCAUUUCAGCUGCCAGAAAAGAAAUCCACAGCAGCAGCUGAAGCAGAGACGGGAUGA